GCGUGAAGAAAGCUAUUUUCUUAUUCACCUCUCUUCCCAGUCCACCACCAUACACCAACGCCUCCGCCACCACCGUCGCUGGCGAGCUCACUUCUCAGCUUUGAAUAGUCAAUGCCUGCACAGAAGCGUCCGUACGAAACUUCUCCUACUCCUCCGCCACCGGACGAGAAGGACGAUGAUUCGUUACAAGGUAAUCAAAAUCACGACGAAGAUGCCGAUGACAGCGGCGGCGAAGAUUCGGAUGGAACUACUUGUUCGAGCGGCGGGGAGAAAGACGAAUUUAUCACUGUGAGACUUUCAGAAAUUCGCAAAGAAGUACAGUGUCCUAUAUGUUUAGGCAUCAUACGGAAGACCAGAACAGUUAUGGAAUGUUUGCAUCGAUUUUGCAGAGAAUGCAUUGACAAGUCUAUGCGAAUGGGGAACAAUGAGUGUCCUGCUUGUCGUACCCACUGUGCUAGUCGCCGUUCUCUGAGAGAUGAUCCGAACUAUGAUGCUCUAAUUGCAUUUCUAUAUCCAGAUAUUGAUAAAUUUGAGGAGGAGGAAUUUGCUUUUCAUGAAGAGGAUAAAGCUUUAAAUAAGCAGAUACAAGCUUCAAUCGCACAGACGUCACAGCGACAAUCCGAAGCACUGGGAAGGAAACGGUCUGCAAGAGCAGCAGCUUUUACGAGGAGAUCUCAGGGAAACUAUCGGAAUUUAAGGGGAAGAAGAAAUUAUCAGGGUGCUGAACACCAUAUAUCUGAUGAGGAAGAAGAUGGUAAUCAUGAUGGCAAGGAUUCUUCCUCUGCUGAUGAGCGCUCGAUAGAAGUCAAACCAAAGCGACAGAAAAAGAGGGCAGGACGGCCUUCUCAGGCCUCAGCAGCCAGUGAAGAAAAUGAUGCAGAAACAAACCAAGAAUCAUUUGGUGCAUGUAGUGGACUUAUUCGCUGUUCAGAGAUUCUUGCCUGGGGAAAAGGUGGCAUGCGAAGUAACAACAGGCAUGGGGGUCUUGGUGGAGGCAUUGGCAAAGUCUCCAGGAACAGCAGAGUCUCGAAGCUAAUUGCUUCUCUAUCUCGUUCAGAUGAAUAUGAAGGGAAGUUGGAUGCCAGACUUAUGCUUGUUUCCUUUUCCGAGGAGGAUAUACCAAGUUUGCAACGACCUUACCUUAGUUGCCAGCCAACUAUGGAAGUUAAACAUUUAAGACAGUAUGUAGCUCAGCAGACUUCCAUAGAAGUCGCGGAAAUUGACAUAGUGCUGAUAAAAGAGAAGAACCCCACUGACAACCCUUCAAGUUCUGAUAUCAUGGCCAUUUCCAAACCCAUUGUUGAAGAUCCUUCUAAAGCAGAAAUCCAGACUGUGGAAGAGCAUCAGACAUUGGGAGAAAUCCAAGAAACAUUUGGUUUGAACCAGCGUAAUCUGAUCUUGGCAUACCAACGAAAAGCAAAGAAUGGGACAGACCAUGAUGAAGUGAAGGUGACAAUGUAAUUUUGGCUAUACAAAAUAUAAUGUAAGAAGUGUAAUUUCAACUGGGGUGCGGAGUUCUCUGUAAAUCCAUAUAGAAAGUAAGUAGCUCAGUAAGUUGUAUCAUACAGAAGUAGUUCAUUAUUCAGGAAAGGCAACCCACCCAGCUACAAUGACUCAGCGUUUAUUUGCCUUGAAGUGAUUUAUGAACACAUUAGUGUAAUGGAUUUAUUUACACCUUGAAGUGGUUAUGAACCCAUCAGUUUAAUGAUUUACUUACGUUCUUA